AUUCUAGGGAAGCUGAAUGCUGCAGCGAACGAAUGUUGUGUCACGCGACCAGCUGAGCAAGAGAACCGAAGAGAGAUGAGGACGUCGAAGAAAUAGCGGAAUGCAGCAAAGGCCGAAAGACAGACGGUGAUCUCUCCUUCUUUACCUCGUUACGAUUAAACAUAUGUAAGCUAAAUAAAAGUGUAAGUAUACAAUCAGAUGUUGGUGGAAAACGAUAUUCGGCGAGAUAAGGUUAUCGCUAGUAAACUAGCUAGCGAGCUAUGAUGGCUAGUUAGCUAAUCUGUUUGUUUUUCUGUUAGCCAACCUUAUAUUUAACAUUGAGUUAACUAUAUUAUGUGAACUACUUCACCGUUUAUAUAGUGUCGUCUAUAAGUUAUAUCAAAGAAGCUAGCUAGCUACAACCCGUUGGCGUUGUGUCCUUUCCAGGCUGGCUAAGGUUAGCGUUAGUUUGAUAGCAAACCUCCGCGAUUUUGUCUCCAGUUACGUUAGCUGCUAGUGCAAAAAAAUAUCCCAAAUGGCUAAACUAGCUAACUAGGUUAGCUACUAUUUUCCAUACAAAUUGUCAACUAACCAGCAGUGAUGCUUAUCAGUACUUAUAUUGUUUUAUACUAACUAAUAUUAUUAUCAAACUUGUAACUGAUUUUAGACAACAAUACUACUAAUGUAGUUAGGCCUAAUACAAAUAGACAGAACUUAUUAUAGGCAUGUCAUGUGAAAUCAUGCCUGUUAUGUUACAUUGCAGCUCUAGCUAUGUUGUAACAAAAUACACGGUUCCAGCCGUAGUCUAGUCUGCUAUAACAACAAUGUCAAUGUUACAAUGUUAGCUUGGCAGUCAACCUGUUUUUGUAUUAUUUUGUGUGUUUGUUGUUGUCAAUGUCAUAGACUAUUUGGUUGACGGGGUUAAUUAUAAACCAGGAAUGUCAAACACAUUCUGAUUGAGGUCCGUGGCCUUAUAGUUGAUCUCGCUGCUGAAACAAAAUGAUGUCUAAACAAACGGACUGUGCACAAUGUUCAUGGGUGCUUUUUCUUUUCUUUUCAGUGGAAUGUUUAAAGAUUCGGAGCAGAAUACCAAAUUGCCUUUAAUUACCGCUAUCAGGAGAUAGCCAGUGGCAUGACAAACUCUUCUCGGGUGAAAGCGACCGUCAGGAAGAAGAAAAAAUGCAUCGGGCAAGCAGCUACGAUUUUAGCUUCUUCCUACUGGCGGUUAUUAGCCUCCACACCCCCGCGGCCUUAUCGGCGAUUUCAGAUGGAAACAGCACGGAAAACGGCACGGUGGCUGAUGGUGGAUUUGUCCCCCUCGUGUUCUCGAAAGUAAGCCAGAUCAUCGCCCGCGAGGGCAACUGCGCGCUUAUUGAUUGCAACGUCACUGGAGACCCUGACCCGAAUGUAAAGUGGUUCAACUCGCAUGGAGACCUGCUAGACACUGAGACAAGUAAGUCACGUUCGUAGAAUAUGGAGUUAUAAAGAAAGCCCUGAUGUGGCUCUGACCUCACAAUCAGCAGCUGUUCUACAGACAUUUUUCUCAACCAACUUGAACUGUCAGGCUAAAGGCAUGUUCUCUUUCGAUAAUAAUGAAUUAUGUAAUAAAUCAUAUUAACAUGCAAAUAGGCUGAUGCAGAGGAUGACCGCAAUAACAAACUGUCCAUGUCAUGAAAAAAAUUGAAAUAGCUAGAAUUAUGAUUUAUAGUUGUAAAUCCCCCUGUAGUUAAGUUUUUGUAUGGCCAAUAGGAAGCCUUUGUAGACUACAGUGAAAGUUCUGCCUGCCCUGUACUAUUUUAAGUCCAUAUGUGGACAACAGAGAGAGGGAGAUGGAGAGAGGGCAGGAAAGAGAGAGUGAGAGACAGAGGGAGAGCGAGGGACAGAAAGGGGGGGAAGGUAACAUUUACUAGUGACAUUAUGACAGACUAUAAUGAAGGGGAUCGUUGUCGUGAGGAUGCAAUGCCAACCCUGCAGAUGGAAAUAAUAACAAUCAUACAUCAACGCCAUGAUUAUGAUAUGACAACAAAUCAAACAAGCUGGCCAGUUGGCUCUUUUUCAAAAAAGUUGUAGUUCAAAAGUCACGGCCACUACUUAAAUGUAGAUACUUGAUAAGUUACAUAGUAGUGGCAUUGAAUAGGAUGCUGUUGUCUUGGUUCUCUCAUUCAGUUGUAGUCUAUCUACUGUAGCCUAUAUGGAUGCAGAUUGGUGUUCACGGCCACUACCUAGGCUGUCUCUAGAUACUUGAUACAUUGUUUCACAGUAUCCAGCUGAAUGUAGGUAAUAUGACAAUGCUAUUAUGAAAUAUGAAUGGCAUUGAAUAGGAUACUAUUGUCACUUUUUUUCUCAUUCAGUCCUAAUCUAUCUACUAGGCUAUAUAUAUGGAGGCAGAUUGGAAAGAGAAAAGUGGAGAUGGGUAAAAUAUGUAGAGAACAGAGAGAGAAAGAAUGUAAUCGAGCCUUGAUAACAUUUCGGCUACACUUGACAAUAAUGAAGAAUGUAUCUUCGCUCUUAACUCGUGGGUCACCUUAUAUAAGUAGGAAUGCUAAAGGAACAGUGUGGGUUCCAUUUUUAACAGACCUGUUGGAACUUGCGCUGGAGCAACAACCAUCGUUGAACCACUGCAACUAGGGCUUAUUACCUGUAGCAUGCAAACAACAUGCAUACAUUUGUCAGUGUAAGACUUAGUGCUUUGUACUCCACAAGGCUCUGUUACUGGCCUGUUGGUCGCGUCAUUGCAUUGUUAUCAACGUUCAAGAGACGCCGCAGCCAUAUUGAUGCUUAAAAGUAGAACGGGGGUUAAUGACUUUGAAACGGGACUAUUGACUGUGUCGUCUAAAUUACACUAUAUGGGCUUGGGAAUAUGAUAACAUUGCUUAAGUAUGCACAUAUUUAGUAGGAAACAACUUUGCCAUUAUCAUGUUGUCAAAUUUACUUUAGACAGAUGGCAGUGUUGUCAUUAGCUAGCAAAGUUCGUCAAAAAUAGCUAGCAAGGCUAACGUUAGCUAGCUAUAAUCUGGAGGUCUCCUCUCAAUCUUAGCUAGCAUUAUACUGCAUCUAAAGUCAAUCUGGUGACAUCAAUAUGAUGACAAGGUUUUCCUACUAACUAUUUGCCGCCUAUAAAAAUGUAAUCGUGUUUUCAAGCCACCGUAAUGCACUUUAGACCAAAUAUUCAUCAGCGCCUAAUGAGGAUGCAUUGAGUAGAAAGCUCAGUUGGGCAUCAGUCCUAAAACUAACUUUCAAAACAAUAUUGUGAUGCAAUUUGCCACCCAUGAAUAGGAGUUGCUUCUUCCCUGUUGAACAUUACUUUCCUUUGCUUUUACGGCUUUUGCCACUGUUUGUUAGAGAGCUUUUGCUUUCCACACACGCAUCAAAGCGAGCCUGGAAACACUUUACAGGGGGGUCUAAAUUUAGAAGUCCCUCUCCUCUCAUGGAAAUAAAUUGAUGUCCGGUGUCCGACUACAUUUCCUGUACCCAUUCAGGUUUUCUAGAGACACAACAGACAGGCUGGAGGAUUGAUGGAUUAAGUGUGUGUGCACUGCACUAUUCAUUCUCAGUCUCAAGCCCAACACUAUUCAGGCUCCAGAAUUGGUUUCAUGCUCUCGCUCGCUCUCUCUCUCUCUCUCUCUCUCUCUCUCUCUCUCUCUCUCUCUCUCUCUCUCUCUCUCUCUGUCUCUGUGUGAUACACACUCUCUUUCUGAUAGUCAGCAACCCACUCAGGAUGAGCGUUCAGAAUCUGGAAAUCAUCCAUCUAGCCACAGUCUCAGAACAUGCCUACGCAUGUUGUUGUAAUGCAAUGGUAGAUGACACUUCAUGUGAUGAUAGGAGACUAGUGGCCAAUGUAGACCCAUGGUGAAAUAUAGCCUGGGUGACAUUUAUUUAGCUCGAUAUAACAGAGCUUCUUAAUACAUCGGAUAUACCAAGAUGAGUUUAGUGAGAAGUUCACACAUCAAUGUAGUGGUAGACAAAGAAGAACCCAUUUCAAUAGUCAACAUGAUUUAAUGUUUGGCUGGCUACUUCAUUAUGGUUCCACAUUUACAUGACAACUUGUUUGUGUUCCGCUCCAGGCGUUUGUCUCCCUGUUGUUAACCAACAAGCACCACUUGGUAUUUUUCCAGACAGAUUCCAUUGUCCCUGAGCCUCACCCUCUAUUUAAAUAUUGAACAAAUGGUUUGCGUCCCAAAUGGCACCCUAUUCCCUAUUUAGUGCACUACUUUUGAUCAGGACCCACUACUUUUGACCAGAGUCCCAUGGACCCUGAUUAAAAGUAGUGCACUGCCAUUUGGGACAUACAUUGGAAUAAACAAGUGAGGGGCACCUCUCUGCCCGCCCGCCUAUUCUUUCAGCUCUAACUCGUCAAGAAAAUAAUUUAUCAGUGACUAGAGGAAGGUCAGGUCAUAGACACUGGUCCACUGUAGGGGGGUCCAGGAUUCAAAUCCAAUCCAACUUUAUUUAAAGUGCAAAAUAGCUGGUUGCUGGAUUGCAGCUUCGAGGACAGUCCUGCAGGAAGAAAUAAUAUGGAUACAAUAGGAAUCAUAUGACUCAAUAGUAAUAAAAAUGAUGAAACUCUGAAUGGAUUAAUGAGUUGCAGUUAAUUGAUUGCACAAGUCUUUUAUAGGCCUAGAUUGUUUGUGAUAUUGAAUAAAUUGAACUCUGUGCCAAAAACAUAAUGCAUGCAGUUGCAGUCCAUUAGUAGCCUGAUUCCAGAGAUAAAGUGAGGGAGAUAUAAAGUGGUUUCCAGCCCCAGAACUAGGCCUACAGUAGAAGAAUAGAAAUAGAAUGAUCCGAACGGGGGGAAAUAGGUUGACAUGAAUGGGAAUUACCAAUCUAGUCUCUUUUAAAUGCAGUGUCAAAUUCAAGUCCUUCUCAGAAAGGCUGGGCUGCUAGCUGUAAAAAGCUCUUGUCUGACUGUCAUGACGAACUGUAGCAGAGACCUUCCCCCUGGCCUGGUUACUGCUGUCUCUGCAACCUGGAAAUGCAUGUGACAGAGAUCUUGAUUGAACCAUAAACACUUCCUAAAAGAGAAAUGGCCCUUGUUUCUAUGGUGUGACAUUUUUGUUUCUGUAGCAAUGUAUCAUGAUAUAUUUUCUGGUUAGGCCUAUCCUUUACCAUUGUUCAUGACCUGUAGAUUAUUAUGAUGACUCGGGUCAGGAGUUGUCCAUCACUACCUGACUGGACUCCUGGCCCUGAUUUAUACAAUAUGAGGCUGGCAUGAUAUGAAAAACAUGCAGUUGGUUUCAGUGAUGCUCUCUCUCGCUCUCAGGUGGCAAGUGGCUGCUGACAGACGAUGGCAUCCUCAACAUCACCGACAUCAGGUUCGCAGACCGCGGCAAGUACACGUGCAUGGCGUCCAACGUGCACGGCAGCGCCAACUGCACGGUGACCAUGCGCGUGGUCCUGCACAACGGGGACCUGGGGGCCUACUACGUGAUCGUGUGCCUCGUCACCUUCACCAUCAUCAUGAUCCUCAACAUCACGCGCCUCUGCAUGAUGAGCAGCCACCUGAAGAAGACUGAGAAGGCCAUCAACGACUUCUUCCGCACAGAGGGCGCCGAGAAGGUUUGUGUCGUGUUUUACUAUACUUGUGAAGACCGUACGUAGACAUAGUACGUUUGGGUGGGGGUGUGUGUGUGUUUGUUUUUAACUGGGCUAUGUGAUGUUUUUAAUAUUGAUUGUAUGGUGAAACAUUUCCAUCUAUAUUUCCAUUUCCAAUACAUUUAUAUUUCAUUCUAUAUUGUCUUCCACUCUAAAGCUCCAGAAGGCGUUUGAGAUCGCCAAGCGUAUCCCCAUCAUCACGUCAGCCAAGACCCUGGAGCUGGCCAAGGUGACCCAGUUCAAGACCAUGGAGUUUGCCCGCUACAUCGAGGAGCUGGCCCGCAGCAUCCCGCUGCCCCCCCUCAUCAUGAAUUGCCGCACCUUCAUGGAGGACAUCCUGGAAGUGGUGGGGGUUGAGGAGAUGAGGCACACGUUCCUCCGCCAGGCCCCAGAGGGGAACCACCUGGAUGGGGCAUCGGGAUGCCGGGCGGCCCUGGUGCAGGGGGCCCUGGUCGGGGUGGGGCCCGGCGACGUCUUCACCAUCCUCCGGGAGAGGGAGCGUUCCGGAUCCCCUGCAGCGGAUUCCGACGACGCAUCGUUGCACGAGCAGCCUCAGCACAUCGCCAUCCAGGUGUCCAUCCACCCCCCACUGCCCAUGGAGGCCCCGGCUCUGGCCGAGGCCCCGCCCACUCCCUCAUCUCCUCCGCCAUUGGCUCCCCUGCACCUAGAGGAGGAGGAGGAGCAUCAAGAGGACCAAAGUUCCGAGCAGGAGCCAGUGGAGGAGGCAGGGGGGGAGCUGGAGGCAGAGGUGGAGCCAGAGGUUACUACUAAACUACAGCCUGGUCAGGUGAUCUAUGAAAGCCAUGUGUAAACAACAGAAAAGAGAGAAAACAACAAACGCUCCCGAGGAGGGAUGAAUGAUCCUGUCCUAUGCAUUUCCCAACCCAACCCCACCCUCAAAAACAUAGAAUAUGUCAAGAAAAGGUCAUUUUAUUUCACUUUGCAACGGAACUAGUUUAAAACUCGAACCUAGCUAUGUAUGUAGGUCUGUCUCUGGAUUAUAUUAUAAUAACCUAGUCUGGAUUACAAUAAAUUUACUUGAUAAGACAUUGCGUAUCAUCAUCCUUCAUGCUUAUGGAUCUACAUGUUGAAUGUAUUGUGGGAGAGGAGAGGAUAAUCAAUAUUUGAUAUGCGUAAGUAUAAAGCAUUGUAUAGGGCUAUUUAAUUUGUUCGUAUUAGUGAGCAGGGGAAAAAAUAGCUGUUUGUUAUUCGAUUCUAGCAUUCUCGAAAAUCGAUUUUCAGGAAAUCGACUUAUUGAUGAUUAUGCUCUUAUUUCGUUGCAGCAUUCUGUUUCAUUAUAAAUUCAUAAAUUAGCUCCAAGCUUACUUCGUGCAAUCACUGUUACUAAGCAGACCACAAAGGCUUUUUUUGUUUCAAUUUCAAAAGAUUGCACAUCAUCCUACCACUGUUACAACCAACCUGAACCUUCAAAUGCAUGCUGGACUUUAGACUUUAGAAGUGUGGUCUUUAGUCAAAUGUGUUCAUUUAAACUCUAUAUAAGUGAGUUAUAUAGACUAAUAUAUUAACAACUGAAUUAUUGGAUCAGGACUAACAUUUCAGUGGAUGAUUGAAGACUAGUUGUUUCAGGCCUUCUGGUCUGUGAUACAUUUAAUUAAUAAUCACAUGACCACUAUAGCCUUUCUAGUAAGUGGUUCAUUGAAACGUUUCUGAAAAAUUGCAUUAGACAUUAUUAUGACCCACUGUGGUGUAUUUUGAUCAUGCACAAGUUGUUAGAUGUUUUACCAUUUUGCCUUCUUUAUGGUCCCUAAUAUGUUUCCUAGUAUGCAAUAUUACCCCCCAUUUUUUUUGUGGAAUGUUUUAAUUAGGUUUAUCUCGUUUUAAAUGGGUCUCAAACCCCAACCCUCUUCCCCCUCUUCUGUACAUGCUUUAAUAACAGAGGCUAGAUGUGAAAUGAGAGUGACGUAUUGGGAUUAGUCUUUAACAGGACUAAAAAUACUUUCCUUCUGCUUAAUAGUCGGGGGGAGGGAGGGGGGUUCGAUGUUGCUCUGCUUUAAAUUAUGCUCGAUGGCUCUUUUUUUGUAGUGAAAAUAAAAUCUGUCUCCUGUGUUA